AUGUCAAGCUCAAACUCCCGCUCCAAUGACGCGAACGCGCCCCGCGAUGGUGCCCCACCACCGCCUUCACAACCACCCCAGUACUCAGCAGAACAAGGUGUAGCAGAGUUACCUGGAUAUGCGCUUGGCAACUUGUCACGGGCGCCUCUAGCACCGCAGCGCAACGCACCACCUCCACCACCCGCAUCGAAGCCUGAUGCGUCGUCAUACGCUGGCUCGUAUCGGCCCUCUGAUGUUGCGCGGCUCCCAGCUACGAACACGGCACAGUCACAUCACGACCUCAGCCAUGUCGACGAACAGCACGCGACGUCCACCGACCUUCCUCCGCCAGCCUACAGCGAGAUCCCCGGCACGCUUCAGAGCGACAACGAUGAGCUUGAUACCAACGCGACAGUCGCUGAGGAUGGUCGAGUGAACAUUCGCAUCAAUCAGAAGAGCCGCGCUCUGUCACAACUGAUCGUACCCCAGAUCCAACGCCAGCUUACCCAAGCCAAGGAAGACCCAGAACCACCUCCACCCUACAUCCCCGAGUUCCUCGGUGGCGCUCCAGGACAAAGUCCACCCCCGCCGCUAAACAUUGUCGUACAGGUGGUGGGAUCAAGGGGUGAUGUGCAGCCCUUUGUAGCGUUGGGCAAGGUCCUGAAGGACACCUACGGCCAUCGCGUGCGAUUAGCUACACAUCCAACUUUCAAAGACUUUGUCAUCGAGAAUGGCUUGGAGUUUUUCAGCAUCGGUGGGGAUCCUGCUGAGCUCAUGGCCUUUAUGGUCAAGAACCCUGGCUUGAUGCCCGGCAUGGACACCCUGUGGAGCGGCGACGUGGGCAAGCGAAGGAAGGGCAUCGCAGAGAUCUUGCGCGGGACCUGGAGAUCGUGCAUAGAGACCGGAAACGGCCUGGGAGUGGACCCACUCAAGCAAACUGUAGAGGAGUGGAUGGGUGUCGAAGAACAGCUACCUGAGCAGCUGAAAAAGCCAUUCGUGGCCGAUGCGAUCAUUGCGAACCCUCCUGCUUUUGGGCACGUCCACUGCGCAGAGAAACUGGGCAUACCGCUACAUAUGAUGUUCACUAUGCCAUGGUCGCCCACGCAACAGUUUCCACAUCCCCUCGCCAAUAUCCAAUCGUCCAACGCUGAUCCUACCAUCACAAACUACAUGUCUUAUAUCAUGGUUGACCUGCUCACUUGGCAAGGACUAGGAGACAUUAUCAACAGGUUCCGUAAGGAGAGUCUUGCUUUAGACCCCAUUAGCAUGAUAUGGGCACCAGCCAUGCUUGCGCGACUCAAGAUUCCGUUUACCUACUGCUGGUCACCUGCUUUGAUACCAAAACCAAAUGACUGGUCCCACCAUAUUUCAAUCGCAGGUUUCUACUUCCUUGACUUGGCGCAGAACUACACGCCUGAACCCGCCCUUGCGGCUUUCCUCAAUGCAGGAGAGCCACCUGUAUACAUUGGAUUUGGUUCCAUCGUCGUUGACGAUCCCAAUGCUAUGACCAAGAUGAUCAUGGACGCAGUUAAGAUCACCGGACGCCGAGCGUUGGUGUCGAAGGGCUGGGGCGGCCUUGGAGCGGACGAACUGGGGAUACCAGAAGGAGUUUUCAUGCUCGGGAACUGCCCUCACGACUGGUUAUUCAAGCGCGUCUCAGCUGUGGUGCAUCAUGGCGGUGCUGGCACAACAGCAGCUGGAAUUGCUGCAGGCAGACCUACUGUCGUAGUUCCCUUCUUCGGCGAUCAGCCUUUCUGGGGUGCCAUGGUCGCUCGUGCUGGUGCAGGUCCUGAUCCUGUCCCAUACAAAGACUUGACAGCAGAGAAGUUAGCUGAGUCGAUCAACAAGGCGUUGGAACCGGAGUCGCUCGAGCGCGCACAAGAGCUAUGCAACAAGAUCAAGCAAGAGAAUGGAAGUCAAAGCGGAGCGCAAUCUUUCCACCAAAUGCUAAACUACGAUGACCUGCGCUGUGCUGUGGUCUCGAACCGACCAGCUGUCUGGCGAGUGAAGCGAACGCAGGUCAAGCUGAGUGCCAAGGCUGCAACUGUCCUCGCUCAGGAAGGCGAGAUCGAGUUUUCUGAACUGAAGUUAGCCCGCGCCCGCGAAUACCAGACCGACGAAGGCCCCUGGGACCCAGUAUCUGGAGCAGCAAGCGCUCUCACCGGUACAGCGACGUCCAUCAUGAUGGGCGUUGCUGAUAUGCCUAUUCAGACAUUAAAACUACUCAAUAUCCACCCUGACGCAAGAGCGGCCUCCAAAAAAGGCAAGGAGAGAGCAGCGACCUCCGAAGACGUAUCGAAUACUGGAGAAUCAAGCCGCAAUGGCCGCCCGCUGAACUCAAGAAUGGCGACAGGAGCAGACUCGGUGCUGAGUGGCGAAAGUACACCACCAGCGGGUAAGACCUCCGUUCCUGAUCUAGCAAGUCCAGACGGUCCAGGAUCGCCUUCACACAAAUCUCAGCUUAUGGCUGAAGCGUUCUCAGCUUCUGUUCAUGGAUCAAGAUCCCCGUCUCGCGAACGAGGAGGUUUACUAUCUCCAGAUGCUUCUGGACCUAAACGCAAAAGUUCAGCAUCGAGUGCGGGCGCACCAGCGCGGUCCAGUACUGGCUCAUCAUCUAACUUUGCAGACAAUCUAAAGAACAUGCAAGCAGACUCUGCUGUUGACACCGGGAAAGGACUUGCGCGCAUUGUCGGUGCUGGCUUUAAGUCGCCAAUGGACUUCUCACUCAAUGUCGCAAAGGGCUUUCACAACGUACCCAAGUUGUACGGUGGGGAGGUCAGAAAGGUUGAAAAUGUUACUGACUUCAAGAGUGGAAUCUCCACAGCCGCCAAGCAAUUUGGAUUGGGGCUUUAUGAUGGUAUUACCGGCAUUGUCACCGACCCUUACAAGGGCGCGAAAAAGGAGGGUGGCGUUGGGUUCGUGAAAGGCGUCGGCCGCGGUAUCUUUAGCGUACCGUUCCGGGUCAUGGGUGGGGCGUGGGCAGUCCCUGGCUACGCGAUGAAAGGUCUGUACCAAGAGAUGAUCAAGAGCAAGGGGAAUGGUGUCCAGAACUACAUCAUUGCUGCGCGCAUCUCACAAGGCUACGAUGAGUCCACCACAGUCUCUGCACAAGAGAGGGCCGACAUUGUCAGCAAGUGGAAGAUCGUAAAAGUCAACAUGAAGAAGAAGAAGAAUCCGGGAGGCGAAACGAUGGACUCCUUACACUCUCUUGUGGCCGACAAGAGGAAGAGGAAGGAAGAUCGAUGGAACAGGGCCAGUCAGCAGCCCAACAGGCCUGAUACACGUCCGUCUUUCCCACCUGCUAUGAGCCAGCACAGCAGCUUUAGCGAAGCAGGCACUGGGCCAGCCUCUCGAUCAAACUCCAAUGCGCUGCCCGCUUGGAAAGUCCAAGAACAAGAACGCUUGUCACGGGUGACAACAGCACAAUCGCAACAAUCGCAGCUACCAGCGGUGGACCGCGAAGCCCAACUCAUCGCUGAAGAAGAAGAAGCCGAACGCCGUGAGCUUGAGGCAGCUAUCGCAGCAUCAGUUGCGGAGAACUCCCAUGGCAAUGCAGACGAGGACCAGCUCAUGGCGCGCGCCAUUCGCGCCUCCGUUGCCGAACUAGAGCGGGCUCCAGCUGGCUCUACUGAGCAAGACGAUGAGCUGGCACUCAAGCGUGCAAUGCAAGCUAGUAUCGACGAGGCAGGGCGCAGCGGUGCCACACAACAGGAGCAAAAGCUGUUGGAAGAGACACUGCGGAAAUCACUCCUCGACACUUCACGCCGUCGUCAGCAUGGAAGCAAUUCCGAAUGGGACAGCAGCGACACAGAGGAUAAUGCAGAUUUCCAGCGCAUCAUGGCGGAAAGCAAAGAGCUCGCACACCUUCAGCAGCACUACCCACAGGACUAUCAGAAUCCGACCGGUCUCCAGAAGAGUGGGACAGCAAGCGCUGCGGAUGCUACAGUUGGCUCAGUGGAUACGAGUGUUGAGGAUGAGGAGCUGAGAAAGGUGCUCGAGGAGAGCGAGAAGGCCGAGAAAGAGAGACAGGCGAAUGCCAAUAAAGAGAAGAGCGAGGAUGAGGUUGUGAUGGAGUAUAUCAAGAAACAGAGCCUGAUGGAGGAAGAGCAUAGACAGAGGCGUGUGCAGGGAAGGAACACUGUGGGCGAAAGCUCGAGUGUUGGUGCUGGUGCGUCAAGUGGCUCAUGA